AUGGAUCACCAACCAAACUAUUCUUCUGGUGACAAAUUCGCUAUGCAACUGAAGGACUUCAAUCACAUUGACAGUUCAAAUGGAGACUUAUACGAUGCAUCCGCAGAACUUGACAAUAUCGAAGAAGCUGAACAACUAAGUGUACGACUUCAGUACGGUAUAACUCCUUUUACGAAGAGGUUCAAGUUACUUUUUGAACGUUUAAGUAACCGAUUUGCGUAGUA